AUGGUCCGGCAUCUUUUAUCCGUGAGUAUUCUACACAGGGAUCCAUCUGCUAUCCUCAUCAGCAAUCACUUUCCAGACCAUUCUGUACAAGACAUAAUGGGACGGUCGACGGACGACGGUUGCAGCUCGGCCUGUCCAACCUGCUGUCAUGACCGUUCUAAGCAACCAUGUGGAUCCCAUGCUCCUUCUCAACUUCUCCUUAACACCGAGUCGAUACGAAUAAGCGAGGCUUACCCAGAUGCGCGCUGCACAUCUCUUUCCGAAUCCUUGACGUUGGAGAAUGACGUUUAUGAAAGUGACAGCGAAGAGGAUUCGGAGAAACCUCGUCGUAAGCCGUACACAGCCGAACCGUCAUCGUCAUCAAACGAAAGCAGCAGCUCAUCUGACGAUAGUUCAAAAGACAGCACCUACUCUCACAUCCACUGGGUUACCUCUAGUGGAAAAUCGAGUGGCCCGAUCAACGUCAGUGAUGCUGAAUGUGCUGCGCUUCACGAGCUGCAGGAUCUGGAGAGCUUUUUCGGAAUCAGAAACACUCCAAUCGAUAACAAGGCCACUUCUGAA